GGCGGGAGCCGGGCCGCGGGAGGAGGGGAGGCGCCGGGGGCGCGCGCGCGCGCGCUGGGCGCUGCUGGGCUGCGGCGGCGGCGGCGGCGGCGGUGGUUACUAUGGCGGAGUCGGCCGGAGCCUCCUCCUUCUUCUCCCUUGUUGUCCUCCUGCUCGCCGGCAGCGGCGGGUCCGGGCCCCGGGGGAUCCAGGCUCUGCUGUGUGCGUGCACCAGCUGCCUCCAGGCCAACUACACGUGUGAGACAGAUGGGGCCUGCAUGGUUUCCAUUUUCAAUCUGGAUGGGAUGGAGCACCAUGUGCGCACCUGCAUCCCCAAAGUGGAGCUGGUCCCUGCCGGGAAGCCCUUCUACUGCCUGAGCUCGGAGGACCUGCGUAACACGCACUGCUGCUACACUGACUACUGCAACAGGAUCGACCUGAGGGUGCCCAGUGGUCACCUCAAGGAGCCUGAGCACCCGUCCAUGUGGGGCCCGGUGGAGCUGGUAGGCAUCAUCGCUGGCCCGGUGUUCCUCCUGUUCCUCAUCAUCAUCAUUGUUUUCCUUGUCAUUAACUAUCAUCAGCGUGUCUAUCACAACCGCCAGAGACUGGACAUGGAAGAUCCCUCAUGUGAGAUGUGUCUCUCCAAAGACAAGACGCUCCAGGAUCUCGUCUACGAUCUCUCCACCUCAGGGUCUGGCUCAGGGUUACCCCUCUUUGUCCAGCGCACAGUGGCCCGAACCAUCGUUUUACAAGAGAUUAUUGGCAAGGGUCGGUUUGGGGAAGUAUGGCGGGGCCGCUGGAGGGGUGGUGAUGUGGCUGUGAAAAUAUUCUCUUCUCGUGAAGAACGGUCUUGGUUCAGGGAAGCAGAAAUAUACCAGACGGUCAUGCUGCGCCAUGAAAACAUCCUUGGAUUUAUUGCCGCUGACAAUAAAGCAGACUGCUCAUUCCUCACAUUGCUGUGGGAAGUUGUAAUGGCCUCUGCUGCCCCCAAGCUGAGGAGCCUUAGAUUCCAAUACAAGGGAGGAAGGGGAAGAGCAAGGUUUUUAUUCCCACUGAAUAAUGGCACCUGGACACAGCUGUGGCUUGUUUCUGACUAUCAUGAGCACGGGUCCCUGUUUGAUUAUCUGAACCGGUACACAGUGACAAUUGAGGGGAUGAUUAAGCUGGCCUUGUCUGCUGCUAGUGGGCUGGCACACCUGCAUAUGGAGAUCGUGGGCACUCAAGGGAAGCCUGGAAUUGCUCAUCGAGACUUAAAGUCAAAGAACAUUCUGGUGAAGAAAAAUGGCAUGUGUGCCAUAGCAGACCUGGGCCUGGCUGUCCGUCACGAUGCAGUCACUGACACCAUCGACAUUGCCCCGAAUCAGAGGGUGGGGACCAAACGAUACAUGGCCCCUGAAGUACUUGAUGAAACCAUUAAUAUGAAACACUUUGACUCCUUUAAAUGUGCUGAUAUUUAUGCCCUCGGGCUUGUAUAUUGGGAGAUUGCUCGAAGAUGCAAUUCUGGAGGAGUCCAUGAAGAAUAUCAGCUGCCAUAUUACGACUUAGUGCCCUCUGACCCUUCCAUUGAGGAAAUGCGAAAGGUCGUAUGUGAUCAGAAGCUGCGUCCCAACAUCCCCAACUGGUGGCAGAGUUAUGAGGCGCUGCGGGUGAUGGGGAAGAUGAUGCGAGAGUGCUGGUAUGCCAACGGCGCGGCCCGCCUGACGGCCCUGCGCAUCAAGAAGACCCUCUCCCAGCUCAGCGUGCAGGAAGACGUGAAGAUCUAACUGCUCCCUCUCUCCACACGGAGCUCCUGGCAGCGAGAACUACGCGCAGCUGCCGCGUCGAGCGUGCGAUGGAGGCCUACCUCUGGUUUCUGCCCAGCCCUCUGUGGCCAGGAUCCCUGGCCCGCAAGAGGGACAGAGCCCGGGAGACUCGCUCACUCCCAUGUUGGGUUUGAGACAGACACCUUUUCUAUUUACCUCCUAAUGGCAUGGAGACUCUGAGAGCGAAUCGUGUGGAGAACUCAGUGCCACAACUCGAGCUGGUUGUAGUGGGAAGCCCCGUGAAACCCGGUGCACCUGGCACAUGGCCAGGAGCGGUGACGGGGGUGGGGGGGGGGGCCUGGGAGGGGCCGGAGGAGCCGAAGUGUUGCCAGUGCUGAGCUGCGCUGAGGGUUUCCUUCGGGGGCCAGCCCACAGCACACCAAGGUGGCCCGGAAGAACCGGAGGUGCAGCGCCUCUCACAGGCAGCUCUGAGCCGCGCUUUCCUCUCCUCCCUGGGAUGGACGCUGCGGGGAGACUGCCAGUGGAGACGGAAUCUGCCGCUUGUCUGUCCAGCCGUGUGUGCAUGUGCCGAGGUGCGUCCCCCGUUGUGCCUGGUUCGUGCCAUGCCCUUACACGUGCGUGUGAGUGUGUGUGUGUGUCUGUAGGUGCGCACUUACCUGCUUGAGCUUUCUGUGCAUGUGCAGGUCGGGGGUGUGGUCGUCAUGCUGUCCGUGCGUGCUGGUGCCUCUUUUCAGUAGUGAGCAGCAUCUAGUUUCCCUGGUGCCCUUCCCUGGAGGUCUCUCCCUCCCCCAGAGCCCCUCAUGCCACAGUGGUACUCUGUGUCCGGCAGGCUACUCUGCCCACCCCAGCAUCAGCACAGCUCUCCUCCUCCAUCUCAGACUGUAGAACCAAAGCUGGCCCAGUUGUCCAUGACAAAAGAGGCUUUUGGGCCAAAAUGUGAGGGAGGCGGGUGGGAUGGUCAGGGAAGGAAUCCUGGUGGAAGUCUUGGGUGUUAGUGUCAGCCGUGGGAAAUGAGCCAGCCCAAGGGCAUCAUCCUCAGCAGCAUCGAGGAAGGGCCGAGGAAUGUGAAGCCAGAUCUCGGGACUCAGAUUGGAAUGUCACAUCUGUCUUUCAUCUCCCAGAUCCUGGAAACAGCAGUGUAUAUUUUUGGUGAUGGUGGGUUUGGGGUGGGGAAGGGAAGGGCGGGCAAGGAGUGGGGAGGGAGUCUGGGGUGGGAGGGAGGCAUCUGCAUGGGUCUUCUUUUACUGGACUGUCUGAUCAGGGUGGAGGGAAGGUGAGAGGUUUGCAUCCACUUCAGGAGCCCUACUGGAGGGAACAGCCUGAGCCGAACAUGUUAUUUAACCUGAGGAUAGUAUUUAACGAAGCCCUAGAAGCACGGCUGUGGGUGGUGAUUUGGUCUGCAUAUCUUAGGUAUAUAAUAACUUUGAAGCCAUAACUUUUAACUGGAGUGGUUUGAUUUUUUUUUAAUUUUAUUGGGAGGGUUUGGAUUUUAACUUUUUUUAAUGUUGUUAAAUAUUAAGUUUUUGUAAAAGGAAAACCAUCUCUGUGAUUACCUCUCAGUCUAUUUGUUUUUAAAGAAAUCCCUAAAAAAAAAAAAAAAAUUAUCCAAUUGAACGCACAUAGCUCAAUCACACUGGAAAUGUUUGUCCUUGCACCUGAGCCUGUUCCCACUCAGCAGUGAGAGUUCCUCUUUGCCCUGAGGCUCAGUCUCUCUCGCAUUUUGUCCCCACCCCCAAUUCCAUGAGUGGUUUUUGCUCUAGGGCCCUUUCUUGCACUGUCCAGCUGGUUGUACCCUCUCCAGGCAUUUAUUCGACAAAUGUGUGUGAAGUGCCUGCUGGGUGCCAGGUGCUGGGAAUACAUCUGUGGACAAGACAUGCUUGGGUCCUACUGCUGGAGCACUGUAAAAAGAGCUAAUUCAAGUAAGUAGAUGCCUGUUUUGAGACCAGAAGGUUUCAUAAUUGGUUCUACGAUCCUUUUGAGCCUAGAAUUACUGUUCUUAUAUAAGAUCACUGAAGAAAGAGGAACCCCCACAACCCCCUCCACAAAGAGACCAGAGGCGGGUGAUGAGACCUGGGGUUUAGAACCCUAGGUGAGACCUCAAAUCCCUGCAUUCAUUCUGAGCCCCCUUCCUGUCCCCAGGGGAGGUGUAUUGUGUAUGCAGCCUUAGAGCAUCUCUGCCUCCAACCCAGCAGUUCUCUGCCAAAGCCUGUGGAGGAGGGAGAGCCCUGUCCCUGCCCUCAGGCUCCCCAGUGCUCCUGGCCCUUCUAUUUAUUUGACUGAUUAUUGCUUCUUUCCUUGCAUUAAAGGAGAUCUUCCCCUAACCUUUGGGCCAAUUUACUGGCCACUAAUUUCGUUUAAAUACCAUUGUGUCAUUGGGGGGACUGUCUUUACCCCUGCUGACCUCUCACCUAUCCGCCCUGCAGCAGAACCUUGGUGGUUUAUAGGUGAUGAUGGAACUUAGACUCCUCUUCCCAGAGUCACAAGUAGCCUCUGGGAUCUGCCGACACACGUCCACUCCCAAGCCACUAGCCCACUCCCCAGUUGGCCCUUCUGCCCUUACCCCACACACAGUCCAACUCUUCCACCUUUGGGGAAGAUGGAGCAGGUCUUUGGGAAGCUCCCACACCCACCCCUGCCACUCUUAACACUAAGUGAGAGUUGGGGAGAAACUGAAGCCGUGUUUUUGGCCCCCCGAGGCUAACCCUGAUCCAUAGUGCUACCUGCACCUCUGGAUUCUGGAUUCACAGACCAAGUCCAAGCCCGUUCUUACGUCGCCAUAAAGGCCCCCGAACGGCAUUCUCGGUACUUCUGUUUGUUUUUGUACAUUUUAUUAGAAAGGACUGUAAAAUAGCCACUUAGACACUUUACCUCUUCAGUAUGCAAAUGUAAAUAAAUUGUAAUAUAGGAAAUCUUUUGUUUUAAUAUAAGAAUGAGCCUGUCCAAUUUCUGCUGUACAUUAUUAAAAGUUUUAUUCACAGA